GCUGGGGGUUUGGAACUCCAUGCGUCAACAAUUACAAAAAAAGUAGGCCUAGUUGUUUAAACCACUUUAUUGCAGUCAUUUGACCAUUACAGCAGCCGUGUUGGCCUUCUUUAUCAAUGCAAAAAUGUUUUCUGAAAAAGAAGCAACUUAAUUCCGAAGUUACUAAUUCCGGCUCUUUGAAAUGAACUGUUCGAAAGAACCGAUUCGCGGGAUGAGCAGAACUUCACAAGCGCACGCGCAGGACUCGCGCCAAAACGAUCUCGUCGCAAUAAACAAAAAUCAUUAUAAUACUAAAGAAAUUUUUUGGGGUUUAAACCACAGAUACCUCUUAAACUGCUUAAUGAGCGCUUCUGAUUCACAUCUUUUCUCUUCAUUGACGCAAUUUUGUACUGACGGUGUGUGAGUUGUCAAGAUGUGGAGGAAUGAAAACCAGAGACCAAACGCAGGCUGUCUCUCCGUGCCUCUGUUUAAUCAAAGGAAGAGGAGCAGGCUGCCUUUGACGUCUAAUCCCUCUGAGAGCGAUCUCUUCACUGCCAACCACUACAAUGAGACACAAUCCUCUUCUGCUCUUCCCACUUUAGGUCAGAGUGGUCAGUGGAACCAGCGAGCCUAUCUUUCAUCUCAGCAAGCCAGCAUGAGAUCUGCUGCUUCACCUGGUGUGGCGGGACGAGGAUAUGCACCUUUACCUCACCCAAAAAAACCUGUCUAUGCCCGGUCACAGACAGGGCAACAAAGGCCUCCAGUGAGACAGGAUUCAAUGCCAGCAGUUGGAUCCCAGCUUCAUGUUGGCUUUCCAACCAGCAGCUCUGUCUCGCUCGGCCAGCCCACAUGGUCCUGCGGCAUCCAGAAUCAACAGUCAUUUAAUAGACCAACAAAUUCUCCCAGAAUGCCUUACCGUCCCCAGCAGUGUACCCCCGUAGCAGGAAGCACUCAGGGCCCCGGAGCUCAGAGUCACAGCGGAAAGUGGAACUUCAGACCUGUUGGACAAUCAACCAGUGGAAUGUGGGCAAAAGAAAAGAUGGACACCUCAAGGGUCCAGACCACCCCUCAGAAGCAGAAGCCCCCUCGUGAGAUAUCUCUGCGUCUUAUUACUGCUGUUAUUGAAGGAAUGAAGCACUGGAGCCAGUACAAGAACAGAGUACCAAUGCUGUUUGAGAUCUUUGCAACACUGGACUCUGCAGUUUCAGUUGAAGAACACGGAACAAAGAAAUUCCUCAUGAGGGAUGGUAAAGAGGUGGUCCAGUGCCUUUACUAUGAAAUUGAUCAGAUUCUGCCCAGACUGAUCAGAGGUCAGGUGCAUCGCUGCGUCGGAAACUACGACAGGGAUAAGGACACAAUGACUUGUGUGUCAGUUCGAGCUGCUUCGAUGUCAGAACAAAGAAAUGCGCAGGAGGCUGUGAGAGCGUCAGAUGCAGAGAUGAGGGAUGUGGUGCUCGCUCUCAGUGAGAUCUGAUGUGGAUCGAGUGAGUAACACGAGAAAGAUUCAAGUUAUGGUUGGUUUUGUUUUAAUUGUGAAUUAGUUAAGAGAUGACAUAUAAUUGUCAGUGAAGAUAAAGCAGAAUUACAGUAAAUCUGUAUCUGGAGAUUUUGAUUCUGUGCGUGAUGAAUGAAAAUUACUUUGCAUUGUAGUUAUGAGAUCAUUUAAAUGUAUUUAUAAUAUUUGAGUUACAAUUGAGAUGCAUUUAAAAUAUUUUAAUUCUAAUUUAUAUGCAUGUCUAAUUGGAAUAUUGAAAUUUAGAUCCAUUAAAAUAGAGUUUUUAAGUUAUUGUAAUUUAUUAUAAGUUACUGUUAUAAUUUAUUUAUUUAUUUAUUUAAAUUUAUAUGCAUAAUAUUUGAGUUAGAAUUUAUAUGCAUUUAUAUUGUU